ACUAGAAGUGCGUCAGACAACAGUGUCUCCUGAUUGAUCAGCACUCCACGUCCGAGCACAGUCAGUCUAACCUCAGUUCAGGAUGCUGAAGUUACUUGUUUUGCUGACCUUGGCCAUUAUUGGUCACGAUGCUCUUCCUCUGAGGAAGGUUGGCACUGGGAGGGUGAGGCAUGUGCCCCCACACCGACCCAUGAUGGUGCCCGUCCCCCUGGAGGACUGGCAGGUAGUAGUUCCACAUGUUCCCGUGGAGAACCACAGACAGAAGCCGGUCAGGACAGGUGAUCAUGCAGAGAACCGCAGGCAGGGCACAGAACCGUCCCGUCGCUUCCUGGUGGAUCUGAACACAGGUCUGCUGAAGGACUAUGUCGGCGAGAUGAGCAGGAGACCAUCAGGAUUCUACGUCCCUCCACGCAGCGAUGGCUUCAGGCAGGGCACUGAGAACUCCCAGGCCACCCUGGUGGACCCCAGGACAGGCCAGGUGCUGCAGCACGCCUCCGAGAUAGGGAUGCGGGAAUUCGUAAUAGACACCAACCAUCCAGUCCACGCAGAUGAGUUCAGCCAUAGCAUUGAAUACUCCUGGCUUAAGAAGAAGGACACACAGGGCAAAGACACUGGGAAAAUAGAGAGUGAGGUGGUUGCUGUUCCUCUUGUGAAGGGAGGAUGGGUGAGAGAUGCUCUUAGUCAGGACCCAAUUCAGCCAUCUGGUUCUGAAGAACUCCGUAAAGCGAAUCAGGUUCUGAGAGCAGCUUCUGAGGAGAACCGCAGGCAGGGCACAGAACCGUCCCGUCGCUUCCUGGUGGAUCUGAACACAGGCCUGCUGAAGGACUAUGUCGGCGAGAUGAGCAGGAGACCAUCAGGAUUCUACGUCCCUCCACACAGCGAUGGCUUCAGGCAGGGCACUGAGAACUCCCAGGCCACCCUGGUGGACGUCAGGACAGGCCUGGUGCUGCAGCCCGCCUCCGAGAUGCGGAUGCGGGGAUUCAUAGCAGGUAAUUUCCAUCGUCAUGCCGAGGAAGCCAAACGUGAGAGUGAUCAGGCCAAAGUAACAGGGCCAAGAGUCAACUCCAUCAACACUGUUUCAGAAACGAUCCCUGUUGUCUCUGAGGAGUUCAAGCAUGGCAUGGAAUAUACCCAUUCUAAAAUACAGUAUGAGAGACAUAAUGAAAUCAUGGGGCCAAUGGAUGACACUGCGAACGAUGAGUUCAGCCAUAGUCUUGAGUUCUCCCAUUUCAAAAAGAGGAACGACAUCAUGGGACCAGCCAGGAGGACAGACACAGCUGUGUGGUUGAGGGAGACACUCCCUGUGGGGGUGAAGUGCUCAGGUGAAAUCAUUGACGGCAGGUGCUACCAGUUCAACCCGACCCCUCUGACCUUCAGUAAAGCAGAGUCCUUCUGUCAAGAUCUCUACGCUGGCGGCCAUAUUGCUGCAGUGACCAGUGCUGACCUACACAAACGCCUUGUCUCCAUGGUGACAGUAGCCAGUAAUGGCCCCACUCUCACCUGGCUGGGAGGAGUCAAAAAGGCUCAGCAGUACGAGUGGAUGGACGGCUCCACUUGGGGCUACACUGACUGGAUGCCUGGCCAUCCCAACCUGCAGAGAGGCAGGGGGGUCACAUGUGUGGAGAUGUUCAGGAUGGAGGCGAGCUGGUGGACAUCUGUGGACUGCAACCUGAAGAGGGCUUCCAUCUGCUCUUUCCCCAUGGCAGCAUGAAGGGCCACCCAGCAUCUCAGUACUUGGGAUUAAUUGAUUUAGAUAAAUGUAAUGCUACUUUAUGAAUUAAAAUAAAAGUGUGGUGACAUAAAAA